AAUAGAGAAAUUCUGGAACAUUAUUAAUUCGUAAGUUGACUUGUAUACAAAACCAAACCAAACCAAACCAACGUGUCGCUUUCCUUAUUCAGUAUCUCGUACUCCACACUACAUUUCAAUUUUAGCCCAUUACCUACAAAUCAUCUGCUUAGAAGUCUCGUACAAUACAGUCUGUUUCUUCUUCAUCUCUCUCUGUCACACUCAAAGCUAGUAACAAGGGAAGGACCAAGUUUAAGAAUCAAGCAGAAACCCAGAAAGAAUGUGCAGCCAAGACGGUGAUUGCAGACCUUUGGGCUUUCUAUUGGGUCUUCCCUUUGCUUUUCUCUCUCUCAUCUUGUCCAUCGUCGGAAUCAUCAUCUGGAUCGUCGGGUUGGUGUUAUCGUGCAUAUGCCCCUGUUGUUUCUGUGUGACUGUAAUAGUGGAGUUGGCCUUGGAGCUUGUGAAGGCCCCAAUUCAUGUCAUGGAGUGGUUCACUUCUCAAAUCCCUUGUUAAUAUUCAUAAUCUUAAUCUGUUUCUCUUAUAUACACUUAAUUCAUUUUUUUUUCUUUUCAUUAACUAUGCUUGUCAUCUUUAUGUAACCUUACCUAGAAAAAGUACCAUUUGGGUGUAUGUGAUUCUUCCUUAUAAGUUAUACCUUAACAAGUUUGGUGAUAUCAUUUAUAUGAGUUCACUGUAAAUUUGUAUGCU